GAACAACCAACUCCCGCCUGGCCAUCCGGUAAAAGUAAUCAGCAGGCAUUUGACCAGCUUAAUUCGGAAACAAAAAUUUCAGCCCAUGCAUUUGAAGAAAUGGAAUUGAGUGAUAACACACAUGGGAUGGCAGAAAUGAGGUGA